GGCAGUGCAGGGGCGCGCGGGGGCGGCGGGCGCGGCGCUGCCAAUCGCAGACAAAGGCCGCCCCAGUGAAUCAUGUGGUGCCGGGGGAGGAAGUGCGGCUUGUUUUCUUUCCUCCAGUCGCCGGGCUCCGGGCGGAGCGCGAUGCUCGGAGACCCCCACGGGGGCGGCGGCGGCGGCCGCGAGCCCAGAUGAGGCGCCCCCGGCCCCGCUGCAGCGUCCCCGGCCCGAUGGAGGCUCCGCCAUGGGACCCCCUCCGCAACGACUCGCUGCCGCCCACGCUGACCCCGGCCGUGCCCCCCUACGUGAAGCUCGGCCUCACCAUCGUCUACACCGUGUUCUACUCGCUGCUUUUCGUGUUCAUCUACGUGCAGCUCUGGCUGGUGCUGCGCUACCGCCACAAGCGGCUUAGCUACCAGAGCGUCUUCCUCUUCCUCUGCCUCUUCUGGGCCUCCCUGCGGACGGUCCUCUUCUCCUUCUACUUCAAAGAUUUCGUGGCAGCCAACGCGCUCAGCCCCUUCGUCUUCUGGCUGCUCUACUGCUUCCCCGUGUGCUUGCAGUUCUUCACUCUCACGCUCAUGAACUUGUAUUUCACGCAGGUGAUUUUCAAAGCCAAGUCAAAAUAUUCUCCAGAAUUACUCAAAUACCGGUUACCCCUCUACCUGGCCUCACUCUUCAUCAGCCUCGUGUUCCUGUUGGUGAAUGUAACCUGCGCGGUGCUGGUGAAGACAGGAAACUGGGAGAGGGAGGUCAUUGUCUCUGUGCGCGUGGCCAUUAACGACACCCUCUUUGUGCUGUGUGCCGUCUCUCUCUCCAUCUGUCUCUACAAAAUCUCCAAGAUGUCCUUAGCCAACAUUUACUUGGAGUCAAAGGGCUCCUCUGUGUGUCAAGUGACAGCUGUCGGAGUGACCAUCAUCCUGCUUUACACCUCCCGAGCCUGCUACAACCUGUUCAUCCUGUCGUUCUCCCAGAGCAAGAACGUCCAUUCCUUUGAUUACGACUGGUACAACGUAUCAGACCAGGCGGAUCUGAAGAAUCAGCUGGGAGAUGCUGGAUACGUGGUAUUUGGAGUGGUCCUUUUUGUGUGGGAGCUCUUACCCACCACCUUAGUCGUUUACUUCUUCCGAGUUAGAAACCCUACGAAGGACCUUACCAGCCCUGGAAUGGUCCCCAGCCAUGGAUUCAGUCCCAGAUCUUACUUCUUUGACAACCCUCGAAGAUAUGAUAGUGAUGAUGACCUUGCCUGGAACAUUGCCCCUCAGGGACUUCAGGGAAGUUUUACUCCAGACUACUAUGAUUGGGGACAACAGACUAACAGCUUCCUGGCACCAGUGGGAACUUUCCAACCAGACUCCGUUUUGGAUCCUGACAAACCAAGCCAUGGGUAGCAUCAGUCAGCGGCUCUAUGGAAGAUUCCUCAAGUGAAGAGCUUCAAAGAAACUAACUUAAUGACAGCUGAAUUUUUAAGGCACUUUUCCUUAAGAAAUAGGACUUGAUUGAUUUUUAUUUGUUACAGGUUUCUAAUGGCUCCAUAGGACUAAGCAAUAAUUUAGAUUGAGAAAACCUUAUUUUAGUACUAAAAAGUGAGCCUGGCUGCCCAUUUCAGUGGGUAUAAUUUAAACGUUAAAAAGAAUUCUGUACUUUUAUAAAGAUGUAUUUUAUAUAACUUAAAUAAUAAUGCUAAAAUAUAUACUAGGAUUUUUUGAGAAUGUUAUUGCAAUAUGUUUGUAGUUUGCACGGACUUUUAUGCAUAAUUCACUUUAAAAGUAUACAGUACACGGUCUGACGGUUGUUUAAGGCUUUUGGACUUAAGUAUUCUUCAGAUCCUUACCUCUUCAGAUCGUGCAGAUGCUGAGCUUCACACCUGGAAGACUCCAAAUACAACUGACAUCUAGAAAGCCCAUUACAACUCCAGUGUUAAAAGUUAUAAUGUAGCAGAGAAUCAGCAGACUAUGUACCAGGUAAUUGGUUCCUUCCUUCGCGUUCUUUAAGGUCCAGACAGUUGUUAGCUCAAAGAAUCUCCUAAAUUUCACCAAAAAUGUGCUACUCUGAUUUUCAGCAGGGCAUUAACGUAUACACUUCAGUGAUAAGUGGAUAUGUUAAAAACACGGAUAGAGCUGACCUACACUGCUAAGCCUCCUCUGCUAUAUUCAGAAACUUUGCAUAGUUUUUCAGCCCAGUGAAAUCUAGUAUCUGUUACCUCAGUACUUCCCAAGAUGGCACCUUUCCCAAAUCAUGGACCAUUCAUUACAUUCAAGGAACAGAGGAGAGGUUCUCAAAAGGGGAUGAAUAAUAAAUGCCCUGGAUCCAGAAGACUGUAUGGAAUCCUCACAGUUUUCCUGUCAUUUCUCAUCCUAUUUAAAAUAAUGCCUGGUAUUUCUAAAUAGCUCUGAAGGCAGGCUAUUGGAAGCGGCAGCUUUAAGUAUCCGGGAGCUCGACUCCUGUCCCUUAGCCAUGCAAAGAGGCAUGUUCCAGAAAACUGCUUCUCAGUCGUCUUUCACUUCAGUGAAAUCAGCUGGUUCUCCAGCCACAGGUGCGAUUCUAAAACCUCCAAGAUCUAUACAGGUAACACUGCCUACGACAGGAAACUCUGUCAGGGAGGUUAAAUGCUCUGAUUUUCUGUAAAACCGAGAGAAGGUACUGGAGGAAGGACUGUCUCCAGAGAGACAGUAUCUGCUCCGCCUAGAGAAUCUCACCUCUCGGGAUGGGAGGAGGAGCAGCAGAUGAAGAGAAAGUUAUGUUAAGAAGUUCUGCCUUCAUGACGAAACCCAUUUCCAAAAGGUCUCUUAUUUCCCAUUUUGGUCUUCAGAAAGGAUUUCUCUCUGGGCACUGAUUUCACAGAGAUCAAGUCUACUUCUCUUGAUGGUAAUUAAAAUUGCCAUCUCAAGUUUUAAAUGGCUUGUGAUUGGGUUUUUCAUUUGUAUGGAACGCCUUUAUCCUACAUAAUCACACAUAACAAAACAGUGUUCUUGCCUUUCAGCAUAUGGAAGAAUUGGGGUCCCUGUCAGGGAGAAUUCUAGACUGAAGCAAAAUUUGCACUGAUUAUUUGGGUUGCCUUAAAAUGUUAUAAAUUAUUAUUCUACAAAGCUUUAAGAACACCCUACUUGUCAUGCUGUCUUCGUUACUAAUUCUCUUGGGAGAAUUUAAAGGCAGACCCAGCAUACACUUAAAACUUUAAAUCAUGCUUUCAGAAAGUACUUCAAUUAGGUCAUUCAAGGGUAAGUAUAUUUUUAAAAAUACAGUAAUAAAAAAAAUCACUAAAAUCAUCCAAUUAUUAUAUUCAUGCUGUAUCAACACAUUAUUGUCCUGCUAUUACUGACAGGAAAAUUGAAAUAACCAGCAUUAAGUGAUAAAAGCCAUAAUCUAUUUUUAUGAUAAAGCUGCUGUUUGAACUAUUUUUUUAUUGGAAAGGAUAAAAAUGUUCUAAGAGCCUAUUUUUCUCUUCUUCCCUUUUUAAAAAAGUAUUGCUAAAGCACACGUAUUGUAAACACAUCUAGAAUAUAAAAAAUAGGAUUGUAUUAAACUGUCUUUCUCUCAAAGUAAAUGACCAUGUAUACCCUGGGAAACAUUAUAGGUAUGGUAGGUAUGAAAAGGGACAUUAAAAUUUCUUUAAUUUCCUAGUUGUGUUGUGCUGUUAAGGAGGUACACUAACAAAACUCCUCCUCCUGUGAAAUAUUAAAGGCUCAAA